UAGCUUGACCCUUCUCUUGCAGCUGCGGCGCGGAGCAGCCAUGUCCGAAGGACGCGCCGCUGGCGAGUGGGAAAUCGACGUGGAGAGCCUGGAGGGGGAAGCGACCGAGGGCGUCGGCGCUCCGAGGGAGGAGGAAGAGGAGGAAGGCGAGGAGGCGACGGCGGCCCCACGGCGGGGCGGCGGCAGUGAGCCGCGGAAGCUGAGCCGCACGCCCAAGUGCGCCCGGUGCCGCAACCACGGCGUGGUGUCGUGCCUGAAGGGACACAAGCGGUUCUGCCGCUGGCGCGACUGCCAGUGCGCCAACUGCCUGCUGGUGGUGGAGCGGCAGCGGGUGAUGGCCGCGCAGGUGGCACUGCGCCGGCAGCAGGCCACCGAGGACAAGAAGGGGCUGGCCGGGAAGCAAGCGAGCCUGGAGCGCAAAGCUGUCUACCAGAGGCACGUCCGGACGCCCAGCCUGCUGGCCAAGAGCAUCUUGGAAGGUUACCGUCCUAUUCCAGCAGACGCUUACCUGAGAGGAAACUCACCUUUGCCACCCCCUGUAAGUGACAGGAUGAGAAAGAGACGGGCUUUUGCUGAUAAAGAGUUGGAGAACAUUAUGCUAGAAAGAGAGUACAAAGAAAGAGAGAUGAUGGAAGCUACACAAGCAGCUGCCCUCUUCCUCCCGAACCGCAUGGUGCACGGAGCUGAAUACAAUGCGUACAAAACCGCCUUCAGCCCUGCUCAGGUUGAUGCUCCCGGCAAGGAGUUCUGCAAUUUCUUACCAACGUGCCUUGAUCUAACCAUGCAGUACUCGGGAUCUGGCAACAUGGAACUUAUUUCUUCCAAUGUCAGUGUAGCUACUACCUACAGGCAGUAUCCCCUGCCUUCCAGGUUCUUAGUGUGGCCGAAGUGUGGCCCCAUUAGCGAUGCUCUCCUCUACCAGCAGUGCCUGCUGAACGCUACCACUGUCCAAGCUCUCAAACCGGGGACAGGCUGGAACGCCAAGGUGGCACAAAGCCCGGAGUGUCCGAACACUGAGCAGGACAUCAUGUCUCCGAAACUGGAGAAUCCACUCCUUCUGACCCACACACCUGACAUCCAGCAGGCAUGCAGUGAGGUGCCGUGCCUUCCCCAGGAGGCUCGGGAGAGGUCAGCCUUCUCUCCUCCAAAAAGGACUUUCUCUCAGAUUUCCGAUAAGGAUUCUCUGGCUCCUCAAGAACAGGCACUGAGCAAGGUCAGCAAAGACACGGCCAAGCCCGCUCCACCUAUCAAAUACAAUCCAUUUCAGUCACUGUUCCCGCAGACAUUUCCAGACAAAUCGGGAGCAGAGCUGAGAGCAUCGUUUAUGAAAGAGACUUUUGAAGAAGCAUCUAAGAAAUAUAGGGAGUUCAGCAUUAAAGAGAACCAGAAAUACAAGUUUACUAUAGAUAAAUGUACAAAAGACUUCUUUGGACCCAAACAGGCCACAACAAAACUGUCAGCAGCUGAGCCACUGUCGUUUUCAGUUGAAUCCAUCCUUAAAUGACCUUGUGCAGAGGCUAAUGUCACCCAGUGAAUAAACUGCAACAUCAGUGUAGAGAGCUUGUGUGCUUCGCCUUCUGCAGAAUUACUACUGCCCACCUUUUCUCUUAAAAGAUUUGUAGAGAGAAGUUUCUGCUGUAAAUGGUAAUUCUUUCUUUUUUUUUCUCAAAAUGGCAUACAUAAAUGUUGUUUAUACAAACAUGCAUGUUUUCAGAAGAAAAGUGAAUUUAUUUUUAAAAAUUGAAAUGGCACAUACAGAAGACUGUAGUGUUCUUUUAAGUAGAACUCCAGACCACUCAAUAAAAUGAGUUUACCUGCAAAAACAGAUCUUUGCCCUGCCAGUAAUAUCCCCUGAUCUUAGUUGUGUCUCUAGUCUCUUGCAAUCAA